CCUCCCCUUCAGUCUUGCAUAGGUGUGCCAGCUCCUCCCCUUCAGUCUUGCACAGGUGUACCGGCUCCUCCCCUUCAGUCUUGCACAGGUAUACCAGGUCCUCCCCUUCAGUCUUGCACAGGUGUACCAGCUCCUCCCCUUCAGUCUUGCACAGGUGUACCGGCUCCUCCCCUUCAGUCUUGCACAGGUGUACUGGCUCCUCCCCUUCAGUCUUGCACAGGUAUACCGGCUCCUCCCCUUCAGCCUUGCACAGGUGUACUGGCUCCUCCCCUUCAGUCUUGCACAGGUGUACUGGCUCCUCCCCUUCAGUCUUGCACAGGUGUACCGGCUCCUCCCCUUCAGUCUUGCACAGGUGUACCGGCUCCUCCCCUUCAGUCU